AGUAAGCAGGCUUGUGGAAGCUUUUCCAUUCUUUUCCUUCAAAAUAGCUUUCCCAAGCGCUUUACUGAUCCCAGGCUGCUGAAGGAAUGCUGCGAGCUUCAGGAGAUGCGUCCGGAGCGGGGAACGUUUCCUGGAUACUAAGGUAUUUGCAGCUCCGUUGAAAGGCAACAGCUGAUCUGCUGCCCAAGCGCUGGGGACGUGAGACACUGGAAGAGGUCUGCGCGCCCAAGAGUCACGGGAACCACUGAGUGCCACCCGCCGAGGACGAAUCCCACACGAGGUCACAGGUGCCCAUGCUCCCUCCUGCAGCUCAAGCCAGGGUGGGAGCAUCUCCAGCGACCCGCCAUGCCCAACGACAGCCUGGCGCUGAGCAGCCUGGAUGGGAUUUACAUGGCUACCGAGUGCUUGGUUGCUGUGUUUGCCACUCUGGGUAACAUCCUGGUCAUCUGGGUGGUGAAGUUGAAUUCGACGUUUCAGAACACGACCCUGUACUUCAUCGUUUCCCUGGCGCUGGCUGAUAUCGCAGUGGGGAUCCUCGUCAUGCCCCUGGCCAUCGUGGUGAGCCUGGGCAUCAGCGUCCACUUCUACACCUGCCUAUUUAUGUGCUGCCUGAUGGUGGUUUUCACCAACGCCUCCAUCCUCUCCCUCCUGGCCAUCGCGAUCGACCGGUACCUGCGAGUGAAGGUGCCGACCAGGUAUAAACUAAUCACCAGAGAGAGAAGAGUUUGGUGGGUGCUGGGUUUGUGCUGGUCUGUGUCCCUGCUGGUAGGAUUAGUCCCCAUGUUUGGAUGGAACAGGACAGAAUCAAGAAGGUUUGGCUUUCUCAGCUGUCAAUUUACCUCUGUGAUGAGGAUGGAUUACAUGGUUUAUUUUGGCUUCUUCAUAUGGACCCUUGUUCCUCUGCUCGUCAUGUGUGCUCUGUACGCUGAAAUCUUUUACAUCAUCCGGACAAAGCUAAGUCAAGGUACAACCAAUGCGAGGGGGGCAGGAUCUUUUUAUGGACAGGAGUUCAAGACAGCCAGAUCUCUCGCACUUGUUCUCUUCCUGUUUGCAAUAUCCUGGUUGCCUCUGUGCAUUAUAAACUUCAUUUCCUAUUUUUACCCUGAGUGGCAGAUCCCAAAGUCUUUGAUGUACUUGGGAAUCCUGUUAUCCCAUGCCAAUUCUGCCAUGAACCCCAUUGUCUAUGCUUGCAAGAUAAAGAAGUUCAAAACCACGUACCUUUUAAUUUUAAGGACCUAUAUCCUGUGCAAAAAACCAGACCCCGUUCUUACAGAGCAAACAACAGACCAACAGUCAUAAAC